CUAUAGGGAGUGUAUCAGUGAUGUAAGGGGGCAGUGACAGCCGUAGACGGAGGCAGUGGUGAGCGAGGAGACGGCAGGGCAACUCUGGCCCUGCACUGACUCUGCGCACUGCGGGCUGACGCAUCUCCCGAGCGCACGCCGCAGCAGACAGCGGGCAGGAGCAGGUCGCAACGAAGAUUGUCGGUUCCAAGGAGUUCCUAGGCGACGUCAUCGAAUGAAAAUUCCACAGGAGGCUGAUGACAAAAUGAACGCAGAUACAGAAGGAACAGAUUUUGAAAAUCAAGAGGAGCUGGAGGAGAAGACAAGACUAAUAAAUCAGGUUUUGGAAUUGCAGCACACACUCGAAGAUCUAUCUGCCAGAGUUGAUGCUGUUAAAGAAGAGAACCUGAAGCUCAAAUCUGAGAACCAGGUGCUUGGUCAGUACAUUGAAAACCUCAUGUCAGCCUCCAGCGUCUUUCAAACCACAGAGUCGAAGAACAAGAGAAAGUAAGGAGCUCAUUCCACUGAUACCAUCAACUUUAUAUCUCGACAGACCAACCAAAAGCUCCAAGAAGACAGACAAAUAAUAGUAACAUUAACUAUGCUAAAGGGGAUUGAGAGUUGAGACUGUCCAGUGUUAGACUGUAACCCUGUUAGAACCAGUAGCUUAUUGUCUUGAGUCAGCCUGGGUACCUUUUGUAUUUAGUCUAUUUAAUUAUGAAAUAAUAAACCCAAAUGCUCAUAUUGAUAUGUGUGCCUCUCCUUUUGCACAUAGGAUUCUGUUUGCAUGAUUAUUUUGUGAGUUUCUCUAACUUUAUCCAGUUAGUACUUUAGGCCAGGCUAUAGGCCAAUAUAUGUUGGUUGCGAAGGAUGGAAAAAAUCACAGGUGCUACACUGAGCCUUCUAUUUCUAAACCUUUAAUUGCCAUUGAUUUGCUUUGUUUCGUUAAUCUCAAAAUUUCCAGAAUACUAAUAGAAAUGAUAGAUCUUUAUCGUUCUGUUUGAAUGAUAAAGAUCUUUGGCCUAUCUAAACACAGUCAUAUAGAACGAAUUGAUAUUUCUUUCUACUAUCCAUUCUUUCAUUAUUUAUUCCUUUUUGUUUUGCUUUAGAUUUUCCUCCAAAAGUUCUUUCCAGUUGCUACCCUUUUUAAAGAAUAACAUUCCGCAUAGUCCAACCCUGCUGCUAUGUAUUUGCUUACUGGAUUUAUCCUUUCAAGCUUUUUUGACAUAUUUAUUGCUUUUCUGACACAGCUUUAUAGUUACCUCCUUUCGGGUCUGAAAAACCCAGGUUCCAUGCAGUCUGUCUCUGUAACUCAGUCCUUUGAGGAUUAUGUCUUGUUGCAGUAUAUAUCUUGGUACAAGUGACAAUGAUAAAACCAAAUCCAAUUCCAACUUCUCUACAGCAUUUCACUUACCUCAGUGACCACAACUGAACAGUACAAUAUACUGUAGCUUCGCUGGAUUGUAUUACACCAGUGUGGCAUUCAGCGAAUAUAA